AGGCUAGAAAUUGACGAUGCAUAGAAAGAGUCAGACAUGCACAAGGCAAGGAAUAAUAAAAACAUGGAACAGCUCUUGGGGCUGGGAUCCGGUAUGUCGUGGGAUAGCAUUUUUGAGGUUAUGUUUAAAAGCCGUGUCUUAAGAUAGUGGUCGUCAGCUUCGCCACUCGGUUGCCGGGGGUGAGCGAUAGUUCGAGCAGCAGCGGGGGCGGUCAACAGGCGGCGACAGCAGCAGCUUCAAGCGCAAGCGGUAGUACCUCCUCAUCCUCGUCGUCGUCGACGGGCGGUCGGGUAACGGCGGCGGCCGCAGCUGCGGCUGCUGCGGCUGCGGCGGCUGCUGCGGCGGCCGCACAGCAACAGCUUCAACAGCAACAGCAGCAUCCGAACCACCCUACAAGCACGAUGGCCGUCAGCCGGGUGCCCAGCCCACCCCCACAGGAGGUUAACACGCCCGUUGCCGAGAACUGGUGCUAUACGCAGGUCAAAGUUGUUAAAUUCAGUUACAUGUGGACUAUCAACAACUUCAGUUUUUGCCGGGAAGAAAUGGGAGAAGUUUUGAAAUCAUCGACGUUUUCCGCAGGCGCAAACGACAAAUUAAAAUGGUGUCUCAGGGUGAACCCAAAAGGCCUAGAUGAAGAGAGUAAAGACUACCUAUCACUGUAUCUACUGUUAGUGUCGUGCAAUAAAAGUGAGGUUAGGGCGAAAUUCAAAUUUAGCAUAUUGAACGCGAAACGUGAAGAGACUAAAGCUAUGGAAAGCCAAAGGGCAUAUCGGUUUGUGCAGGGAAAAGACUGGGGUUUCAAAAAGUUCAUCCGGAGGGACUUCUUGUUGGAUGAGGCAAAUGGUCUUUUGCCUGAUGAUAAGCUUACAAUUUUCUGUGAAGUUAGUGUAGUAGCUGAUAGUGUAAAUAUAUCUGGCCAGUCAAAUACAAUACAGUUCAAAGUGCCAGAGUGUAGGUUAUCAGACGAUCUAGGUUUACUAUUCGAAAAUCAAAAGUUUAGUGAUGUGACGUUAUCAGUUUCUGUAAUACGCUGUAAUUUAACAACCUAUAUUAAUCUCAAUUGUUUGUUUCAAAUAGCGCGGAGUCCCGUAUUCCAGGCUAUGUUCGAGCAUGAAAUGGAAGAACGGAAACAUAACCGAGUAGACAUCACCGAUGUUGACCAUGAGGUUUUGCGCGAGAUGUUAAGGUUCAUCUACACGGGCAAGGCGUCAAACCUAGAGAAAAUGGCCGAUGACCUUCUAGCAGCUGCUGAUAAGUAUGCCCUAGAGAGGUUGAAAGUGAUGUGUGAAGAAGCACUUUGUACAAAUUUAUCGAUAGAAAAUGCCGCUGAAAUCCUCAUCCUAGCGGAUCUACAUAGCGCAGAUCAGCUGAAAGCCCAAGCCAUAGAUUUUAUUAAUACGCACGCGACAGACGUGACGGAUACGCCCGGCUGGAAAUCGAUGAUCAUGACCCAUCCCCAUCUCAUCGCGGAAGCGUUCAGGGCUCUCGCCACGCAACAAGUCCCGCCUAUAGGGCCGCCGCGCAAGCGCCUCAAGCAAAGCUGAAGUGCGUCCGCCCACCUGAAAGCGCGACGACGGCGCGCAGAGGGCGUGGCGAAAGUCCCAAUGGGCAGGGCGAACUUCCCUUGGGGCGGGGCUAAUGUACGAAUGGGCGGAGUAAAUUUGCGGAUGAGCGUGUCUUCUGUUAAACGGAGGCGGGACAGGCAUACGAUCGGUCCAAACAUGUGUUCAUGCAAACAGACGGUCGAUACGGUAGAGAUCGGGGAGAAUGGAUGAAAUCAUUAAUGGAGAUUUAUGUUUGGGUAGUGUAGUUUGCGAUGGAAAAUUUAGUUUGCUAAAGAAUAUUAUUUUACUGAGAGCUUCGUUUGGUAUAAAGAACAUCUUAAAAAUACCCAAUUUUACUUAAAAGUUUGGAAUUGUGAUUAUAAGCUACAUAACCCGUUAUGAUUUACCUCCUACAGAGAAAAAGCCGAUGUUUGUUAUAAAAAGACCUGAAAUUAUGUACAAGACCCUACCACUUAAAAAUUUAGAGUUUGGAACAUCUGAGGUGCUGAAUAUAGGGUUGAAGUUUUUAUGCAGUGGGAUGUAAUUUCGAAGUUGUUGUACUAUAUGUAGCUUUCAGAAUGCGCCUUUGCUUUGAUAAAUAUGGUGGGUCUUGGAAUAAUGUAACAUGUCAAGGGUAGAAUUGGGGAAAUUUUCUGGCGAAUUUAGCAAACAAGCAACUUAUAUCAUUUUGUGAAACUUAAGGAUUUUCGUAAGAUCGGAAAAUUAUCCUGUGGUUUUCAUGUGGAUAGUCCUUCAUAUUUCUCUGGCCAUUUGAAACCACAUAAUAUGUUGAAAAAAUCUUUACUGUAAGUUUUAGCUUUCGAAAUCAAAUUUUUCAAAUAGAGAUGGAAGCUUGAGAACUUUUAGACAUAUGUAUCUGUGAUAUUGUUCAUUUCAGUGUUUUUGCCUGAUUGCUAAAUUUGGUGUUAAAUUUUCACAAAUAUACAUUCCUCAUGAGCAUGUUUGGAAACUGCCAUUUGGAUUUGGAAAGUCUUUGAAUGGGAACAAAAUUAGAUUUGCGGUAACUAAGCAUUAUAUGUUUUUGAAGUACUUCUCCCCGAUUUCCUAAAGCCAGUGCGUUUGUGUUUAAGACGCUCGUGAUACGAAGAGAGUGAUACUCGUUUAUGGACCGUCGUUAGUGUUUAAAUCUUCGUCUUUUGACAUUAAAUAAAUCGAUUGAUUUUCCGUUUGUUACUUGUAUGUCCUUUUAUAAUCUAUAUAAUUUCGUUCUGGUGCAGUGAGUCCCGGCUUUUAUGUUUGUUUUUUCGCUUUUGUGUGGUCGUAUUUGAUCUACAACUAGCUCAUCAUCUUUUAGAUGUAUGAUAUAUCUAUCAGUAUUUUUGGUAUAACAAUGUGAACGUCCGAAAAAUAAUUGUAACUCUCCAAUUUCAACGCUUAUGAUGGUCGAGUUUAUUAUAUUCGUUCACGAUUCAGGCUUUGAUUUUAAAAUGGUCUUACGAUACAUGCUUUCCACAACGGUUCCAGAAUAUGAAAAUAAGCAGUAUCACGAAGAUACAUGUUUUUAUGAUUUAUAAACUCAUUUUGUGAGGUGGAGGUUUAUAAAAAAAAUGAAUGCGCGACUGAGAAUAUUUGUUAUCAUUGUAGUUGCAAAUGUCGUCGCCAUAUCGUAAAAAUUGACCAUUUCAUGAAAUGAUCAAGCAAUAGGCAGCAGCGGUAGCCGCAGUAGUAGACUCUUCGGUCUCCUGAUCAGCCGCCGUGCGCUGUGCGGGUUCGAGUCCCGUCCCAGGAGAAAUGUUUCUCUUGGCCAUGGAUGUUGUGAUUGUCCGUAGGUGGUAGAUGGUCUCUGACUGUCGAACGCGGAGGUACCACCCGGCGGUUCUCGUAGGCGGAGCCAGAAUGUGUGCAUGUUGCAUGCACACGUGUUCCCUCGCCAGAGUCCGUGUGGCGUCCCCCCUUUCCCAUGUACCCAUGUAUCCCCCACAGCCCCACGGUACCCAAUGGGUGCUUAGGCCUUAGGCCUUCGUGGUAGUUGGAGUAUAAAAAAAAUACUUCAAUGAACAAACAAUUUUUUGAUGACACACGAUUUUGACUUCAAAUAAAUUUAUGAAUUUAGGAGUAAAGUAGUAACCUGUUGACGUUUUGGUUACUUGCGUGACCCGCAUAGUCUCGAGAACCCGCGUACCUUUUUGUCGUUAAAGUCUUUUAAUAUUACUUACUUCCUUAUUUGGUAGUGUGUUAUUCGAAUUUUUACUUCGAAAAACAUGCUUGACCAAGCCAUGAAGUACCCGCGCGUUUAAUUGAUGAAAUCGUCAAUUUUACGAUAUGGCCACGAUACAUAGCUUGACUUUUGACUGUUCAAAAACACUAUCGUUAAUGCCCUGAUACACUACAGAUCUUUCCAAAAAAACCUUUGUAGUCAAAUAUCAACGUAGCUACCUCGUAAUGUAAGUGACUGUUUCUAACCAUUUUAGUAAAAAAAUCCCCUAACCAGUGCUGUUGCGGUAAGGCAGACAUUUUUGGAAAUCUUUAUGGAUGUUAGCGUUGUUGUUAAUGUUUUGGAAAAAAUUGUUGUUCUUUUUUUUUAAUGUUGCACAUAAUGUUCCUGAAAAGAAGAAAAGAGUAGUAUCUUAGGAAUAACCGUUGGUGUUCUGCCCUUCAGGUUUAAAAUAAGUCAACUUUUGGGAACUUGUGGAUUGUAUCUGGAAAAUUAUCAUUCACAUUUACCUAUAACGUAAAUAUAACUAUGUAAACGAGAGUGAGAAAAUAAUGGUUACGUCAAAAUUUGGUAGCAUGUGUAACAUCGAGUCAGCUUAUAGAAGUUUCAUUUGUAUUUUUUUGAUCUGCAAUCAACGUCGCUAUUUUUUCAAUGCUGUCGAAUGAAGUAAUUGAUUGUAUAAAUACAUGUACUAUAAAUAGCAAGAGUACAAUACUUUAAGCUAUUUGGUGGUUUCCUUUGUUUAUGUGAUUGUCUAAAAACCAAUCAAUUAAUAUAUAGCUACUUUCACAUUUGUUUGUCCAUUGUCAUGUUCAUGUUUUCAAAUAAUGCUGAGGAACGAUGCUUCGGGAGUUACUUCUUUUAUGUCGGUAGAGCAGCAUAAGAAAACAUCUAAGGAGGGUGAAGAGAUAAAGUAAAAUCAAAGAGUAGUUGUAUCAAGAGACACUUCUUGGAAUGUCUUUGUCAUCCCCCAUUGACCUUGAGAAGCCUCUGUAUUGUAGUAGGGAAGCUGAUCACAACAUUUUUGUUACAUCGUCGUGUACUGGUAUGAUACGUUAAAAACUAGUUAUAUCUUACUUAUUACUCGGCAAGUUUGCUGUGUAAGCAUCAAAAUACAUAAAAUUUGACUGGUUUUCAACUUUGCGGAUAGCCUUGAACUAUUACUGGAUAACCAAAACAUUGCGGACGGCCUUGGACUAUUACUGGUUUACAAAUAAAAAGAGCGAUCUAUAGAAUAUACUUUUGGUUUGGCGAUUGGCCUAUAGAUGGCUCUGCAUCCUGCAUGUAUAAAGGCGGUGUUGUCAAACUGCCAUAAAAUGUUGAGAAAACGCCACGUUUAGUUGAGCUUAAUGUUAUUUUCUUUUUACGUUUUACGCUAUGUUUUUGGAGCAAUCUUUUAUCACUCUCUAAUCUCUAACUAUAUUCACCUUGUCUAACUGUCUCUUUAUAUAACUACUCUUUGGUAAAACCCUGAAACACAUUGCAUGCUUGAAGGUUUUUUAAGUAUUAUAACUUUGGAAAGUUUUUUUAUAAUAUAAUAAAAAAUACUUCUAAAUGAUCAUACUCCUAUGUAUAAGUAUCUAUUCUGAUAAACCUUAGUUUGAAGUAGAAUUUUUCGUGCCAAAAUUUUGAUUGACAUCAUAACUGAGAAAUACCUGUUGAUAGAGGUAAGGAUAUUGUUGCCAAAAUUACAUUCAUUAAGUUACCAUGGAAAUGCCUUGACCAGUGGUAUUUCAAGUAAAAUACUUGACCACAAGUAGUUUUUGUGAAACUGUCGGUCUACAUUAUUGUAAAAAAACUCUUUUUUGCAUAGGAAUUAAGACUCCAAUAACCAUUUUACGCCUAUGUAAAACAUGAAUCUAUAGUUCCAUCAUCACUCAUUAGUUUUUGAGAUAUAAAUAAGAAAUCUGGGAAUAUGGAAAAGAAAAAACUAGCACAACGGACUAGUUUCUAAUUUUUUAAAAAUACUGUUUUUUGUGAAAUUUGAAAUGCAUUUCGCUGCAUUAACCACUUGUCUUUCAUGUUUCCAUGUUUUUUUGUGUCCACGAAACUGUAACUUUCUCCACAAAGUAAGCGUACUCUCCAUUGAGCCCAAAAAUAAAUGAGUUAUGAAGUAACGAACGUAUACAAGUUUAUGAUUUACAUAGGAAUAGAUGUGUGUAUGACAGAGCCUUGAAUGUUUUUGUGGCAGAUUGGCCAAUUGGAAAAAAAAUUGUAUCCCCCUCCCACCUUUUUUCUGAAAGUCAGCAAACUGAAAUUCUGUAUGAUGAAAUUGAGGUAUCAUAAAACUGGCAGUUGAAAAUUGCCAUAUUGCCAUUGCUUUUCAAAAUCGUGGUCACUGUAUACAAAUUUCACGUAAAACUAAACGUUUUUCAGCAACUGUUCUCAAUUUAAUUGUGCAAUUAUUCUCACCUAAAGAUGUAAUUUUCUAAGCAUCGGGUAAUUUACAUUGGGCUCACUGCACUGUCCGGGAUAGCAACAGAAUUGUGAUAUAAUUGACCACAGCCGGUUCCUAAUAUGAGGGACGUCGUAACCUCUUUUUCAUUUUUUUUUUAAUUUAGUGCAUCCUAAGUUUAGUGUUCUUACCAUGAUCUCUCCUGGUUUAAGUAAAUAUAAGAUUGGUCGAGUAUA